UCUUGAAUCGAGGCUAGACUAUUAAUCUACUCAGAUGAUUAACCAAAACUACAAAAGAAAAGCUGUAAAAAUUGCAGGCUUGCCAUGGCAUGUGCACCAGACAUGUACAGGGACAGUGUAAUAGAAACACUUCAGUUCCCAGAUGUGGAGAAGAGAACACCCCCCUUUUUAAACGCUGGAGACUGGACGGUUUCUCCAAUAACGGCUUCUUUAGAGGGAUCCACAAUGUGUAUCUUAUGUCAAAGGGAAUAUGAACUAUUGUCCACCAUGGAUGCAUUUCAUCAACAUCUUCUAGAAGAUCAUCAACUCAUUAUACAUGAUCCCCACCUUAUCUGUGAUCUUCAAAGGUACAUUGAAUACUGGAGGGAGAGGUUUUCUAGAGAAGAUUACAUGCAUAUAUGCACCAUCCAUCGAAAAUCAGACACAGAUGUGCAAUACAGACUUGACUCAUCAUUGGAUGAAGAUUGUCAGAUUCGUGAGUACCUGCAACGUAAACGUCUAGACGCAGUCCUGGCCGUCCAGCAGGAAGAACGAGAUGACACCUCCCUCUCCAGAUCUUGCCUCUUCUGUCGGGAAUCCUUCACAGGAAACCGAGCCGACCUGUUCAAUCACAUGGCUUUCAAUCACAGCUUUAAUGUAGGCCAGCCAGACAAUAUAGUGUUUGCCAAUGAAUUCCUUGAUCUUCUUGAAAGAACAUUAGAAAACCUGCAGUGUCUUUAUUGCGAGAAGAUCUUUAGGGACAAAACGGCGCUCAAGGAUCACAUGCGUAAGAAGCAGCAUCGACGUCUCAACCCAAACAACAAGGGUUUUGAUAGAUUCUACAUCAUCAACUACCUGGAAGCGGGCAAAGACUGGCAGACGGUUCAAGCUGAGAAGGAUGUGGUGAUCAGGUCAACAGACUCGGGAGAUGAAGAGAGCUGGGAUGAUUGGGAGGCAGACUUCCAUACCAACCUUGUAUGUCUCUUCUGUAAGCACAGUGCAUCAAUGGUUGAAGAUCUCCUAGGGCACAUGGUACACAUGCAUCACUUUGAUCUCCAGAAGUUCAGGCAAGAAAAUGCUCUGAAUUUCUAUGACCAAAUCAAACUGGUCAAUUUCAUCCGGCGCUCUGUCCAUCAGUCCAUUUGUGUUUGCUGCCAUCAGAGGUUUGAGAAUGUAGAUUGUCUUAGUGAGCAUCUAGCGACUCAUUCUGAUCAGAUGGCUGGAAGUCUAGAUCGCAAGAAGUGGGAUGAAUCCCAAUUCCUCUUCCCAACGUUCGAGAACGAUGCUCUCCUGUGCUCCUUGGAGGAUGUAACGGAUGACGAGGAGGAGGAGACGACCAAACCUCACCAAGACACCACCAACGGGGUUCCCAUCCUGGCUGAAGACCAACACAACCUCCGAGACAGCAUCCUCGUCCAAGAAAGGGACAUCCUAAAGACUCUUAUAGACAAUAGAUGAUAGGGUGAUGUAGAAACCCCUUUGUCUACGACUACUGAACCCGCCAUUGCUGGUACCCGAAACUAUGCAAUGGACUGGUAAAGAUAUGUGAUACAAUAUUAAAUUGCAGUUGAUUUGAAUCAAUCAUAGCUCUAUAUAAGACAUGCUCCUGCACCCUGUUUGGCCCGAUUUAAAAAUGUUAAAACCCCCCGUUGAAAAAAUACUGCGUACGCCACUGAUCAUGGUCAUUAGCAAAAUAGCAAUCAGUUGCUAUCUUAUCUUAUGUGUUAAGGGGCACAGAUCUUAGCAGACUACAUUUACAAUCUUCUCAUACAAGGGAAUUAAAUCAUAUAUCAUAUAUAUCAUUAUAUUAAGUGAUGUUUAUAAUUAAAAGUGCAAUGAAAUACUUAACAUUUGGGAUAAAUAUUGCAUUAGCUUUAAAUGCUCAGUCAGUAGUCUUACGGUAUAUCAGUUUUACAUGUACGGUAUACUAUUUCAAAAAGGCUCAUAAAUGCUUGUGAAGAGAAAACUCACCCAUAAUACAUUCAUUAAAGAUAUGUUUCAAUGCAUCCCUGUGAAUAUGUAUCCAAUAUUGGAUGGCUUUGAGUGUGAUACAAGAAAGUAUUGCCCAAGCUAUGACAAAAUUGAACAAGUCCAAUAUUGUCAUAGCAAGAGCAAUAUAUUCUUGUAUCACACAAAAACAAAGCCAUAUAAUAGUAAUAUCUAUAUCAGGCCGACUAAGCGAAAUAACAAAAUUUGACUUACGUCAGUAAAUAUUUUGUUUGUAGUAAAUAUGGCUUCGUUUUCGGGUGCUAUCGAUAGUUGAAGUUCCUGGAUGACUGAGCAAUACAAAAACAAUAUUGGUCAGUCAUCCAGGUACUGUGCUAAAGAUAUUGAAUACACUUGAUUUAUUGUACCACUUGAAAGCCUUAUAUAGAUAAUUGCAAAUAGUGUGUACACACAUGGAUCUGUAUUUUAGAAUUGCAUAUACAGGUACAUGCAUCACAUCAAAAUGUGCAUGUGGGACUUUGGUGGGUUUCAGAUUUAAGGUAAAAAAUAAACAACAAGAAAGUACAAAGAAGUGGGACCUGCAAAUUACCUAUGGUUUAUGUUUCUCAUAUCAGUGUUCUAUUCACGAGGUACAAUUUUGCUUGUACACAGCUUACAUUUAGAAGAAUACUGCCAGUAAUCGUAUUUGGUAUAAUCAACACAAGAUGGAGUACCGGUAGUGGUUUUAAAUGACAAUACCGGUAUGGCAAUUUAAUUUGGGAGUAAAAUUAACUUUGUGAAUGGGUAGUUUUUCUCACCAUGUAGUAAAUAAGAGGUCUCUUGCUUUUUGAGCGUAUUGUUCUUUGAUUUAUUUUCACAAUGUGAAAGGGUUAUAUUUUUUCUUUAAUAAAUGAUCAUGUGGUAUAUUAUUAGUCAUUGUGUUAAACCUUGUUGUGUAAGUGCAUUGACCCAUCUCCCAACAAUGAAGCUAAUUAAUUCAAUGACAAGGACAUGUAUUAUUGUUAUGGUGUAUAAUGUGGAAUGAAAGUUUGUUGACCUACUUUUCUAGAGAGUGGACUGCUGCCACACCCCCCUGAAUAAACGCCCACACAAGGAAAAAUUUGUGGACACCACACCACAAUGAAUGGAAUAUUGGAAACCCCAAUUACAGCAAGCAUAAGAACAGAUUUAAGUCAGUGGUUGAAUGAUGAGGGGGUGGGACUAAUGUAAAAAACAGAUUGAAGAUAAUGCAGGUCAAUAGAUGUAAACUUUAUUUUCUGAUUCCAAACGAGUCCUCUUAUCAACUUCAUCUUGAUCCAUGUUUUUACCUGCAGCAUUCAAAGUACUUGGGUUGUUUACUACUUGUACUUCCUGUUUUGAUUCUACGAAAAUCGUAGUCGAUUCUUAUCUUAUAUUUUGUGUUGGGAAUACAUGUAUUUAUUGGUGUAUGGCUUUGAAAGCUAAUCCCAAGACCUUGUAUUGAAACUGCAUCACAAGAGAAAGUGGCUUGAAAAAAAAA